AUGCCACCACCAACGCAUUUCCUGUGCAUCCCUCUGUCGUCGCCGUCGCUCGCCCGAAGCUGGGCAUCCUUCCGGGCCGAUGUCGCGGGCACCGAGGCCUACGGGGUACCCGAGGACGCGGUGCGACCGCUGGGCACGCUCCAUCUGACUCUGGGCGUCAUGCGGCUGGAGCGGGACAGCCUGGCGCGGGCGGUGGAGGUGCUCGAGGGCCUGCGCCCGCGGGAGGUGCUCGAGGCGCUGCGGGCAGAGCGGCGGCCGUCGUCGUCCAACUCCUUGUCAUUUUCGGCCUCCUCGUCCGCUUCGUCCUCGUCGAGCGGGACGCUGCGGCUGCCGGUGACGAUGCGCGGCCUGCACGCCAUGCCAGCGGCGUCGAGGGCGACGGUGCUCUACGCGCCGCCAGCCGACGGAGAGGGCCUGCUCCGUGGCUUUUGCGACCGGCUCCGCGCCUCCUUUCUGUCCUCCGGCCUCAUGGUGAAGGAGGAUCGGCCGCUGCUGCUGCACGCCACCGUCGUGAACACGAUAUACUCCAAGGCGGGGCCGAAGGGAGGCCGGGGCGGGAGAGGGAGGAAUCGUCCGAGGCUGGUCAUGGAUGCGCGGGAGCUGCUGCGUCGGUACGACGAUCACAUUUGGGCCGAGGACCUGACCGUCACCAAGAUUGCCCUCUGCCGGAUGGGCGCAAAGGCCGUCGAGGGAAGCGAUGGGGACCAGGCCUAUGAGGUCGAGGCCGAGACUGAGAUGUGA